AACGCAGAGUGCAUAUUAUGGAAUUAACACUAGGGCUCAUUAUACUAAUAGUGUUGACAUAUGGAUUAAAAGCCCCGACUUUAAGAUUAGCUAUACUACUUGCGGGGUUGUGGGGGCUACUGAGUUAUUAACUGAGCCCCAUUUACUAUGUUGGACACAGGCUAUUAAAAUGUUGGUGAUGAUAAGUGGAUUAGCUAUACUAUGUAUGCUGGACCAUCAAACAUCGCAUCGAUCAAGCUCUUUAUUGAUUUUAUUAGUGAUCUUAGGUAAUUUAUUACUUAUAGGGUCAACAAAUUUAAUUUCUAUAUAUUUAGCAUUAGAGAUGCAAACAUUAUGUAUGUUUAUCUUAGUGGCUUAUAAUAAAAGCUCAUUGUUAUCGGCAGAAGCUGGACUUAAAUACUUUGUGUUAGGGGCACUAUCUUCGGGGUUGUUUCUGUUUGGUUGUGCUUUAAUUUAUGGCUCCACAGGAGAACUUGAACUUCAAUUUAUUCGUAUGAGUUUAGAAUCUUAUGGUGUAUUAGCUGGUAAGUGUCUUAUUACUAUCUCAUUGUUAUUUAAAGUGUCUGCAGCCCCAUUUCAUAUGUGGGCCCCCGAUGUAUACGAAGGAGCUCCAACUUGGGUAGCUGCGCUAUUAUCUAUUGUACCUAAAUUAGGAGUACUAGCUAUUAUAGUACAAAUAGGCUUAAAUGAAAUGGGGCUAUUAAUAGCUGGGUUAAUCUCUUUGAUUGUUGGAGCUAUAGGAGCUUUGAAUCAAACUCGAAUAAAAAGACUACUAGCUUAUAGCGGAAUAGGCCAUAUGGGGUUUGUGUUACUUGGAAUAGCUAUUGGGUCUAUAGAAAGUCUUCAGGCGAGUUUAAUGUAUAUAGGUGCUUACAUAAUAACUCAAGUAUUACUUUGGUCUGGAGUCCUAAUUAUAUCCCCUAAAAGAAACAUGCUUAUUGAAUUUAGUGGUGUUUCAAGAUUAAACCCAAUGUUAGCAUUAGCAUUAGCUACAGGUUUAUUGUCUACUGCAGGAAUUCCUCCUUUAAUUGGGUUUCUAACUAAAUGGUAUGUAAUUUUAGCAGCUGUUGGUCAAGGUUACUAUCUCAGUGCUUUACUAGCUUUAGUUUGUUCUGUGAUAGCUGGAGUUUAUUACAUUAGAUUAGUAAAAAUUAUGUUCUAUCAACCUUUGUCUACGCCUUUAGUAAUAACAAAUAUAUUAAAUUCUCCAUGUGGCAAUGUAACACCAGAGGAAACAAGUUUAGGCAAGGCAAUAUUAAUGGGGGCAAGUUUAUAUUUAGUGUUAACAAUUAUAAUAUGUCCUAGUUUAUUCUUUCAAUUAGUACACUUGAUUAUCUUAGAUUUAUUCCCAUGUAUCUUCUAGUUAUAUUAAUACCAUUACUAAGCGCAGUCGGAAGCGGAUU